AUGUUGCCAAAGCAAUCACAUUUUCCGGCAGCCACCAUGUCUCCGCCGUCUAUGGCGGCCGUGUACGAUAAACACGGCCCCGUAGACACCGUCAUCAGAUUGACUGAAAUCUCACCGAAGGAGAUAAGUGAGAAGGAUGUGUGUGUUAAAAUGCUGGCAGCUCCAAUCAACCCUGCAGAUAUCAAUAUAAUUGAAGGAGUAUAUCCAUCUAGGGCAACACUACCAGCAGUGGGUGGAGGUGAGGGAGUGGGAGAGAUAUAUUUUGUUGGCUCUGCUGUUAAGACUCUUUCUCCUGGUGAUUUGGUUAUCCGUUCUCCAUAUAUUCCUGGGUCAUGGCAAACCUACAUGGUAGAAGAAGAAAGUCUUUGGCACAAAAUACAUGAAGACACUCCAAUUGAAUUUGCUGCCACUGUUUCUGUUAAUCCAGUCAGUGCCUUGAGAAUGCUCAAUGAGUUUGUCACUUUGAAACCAGGAGACUCAAUUGUGCAAAAUGGAGCUACAAGUAUAGUAGGGCAAUGUGUUAUUCAGCUAGCUCGACUUUAUGGAAUUCAUAGUAUUAAUAUCAUAAGAGAUAAUCCUGGAUCUGAUGAAGUUAAAGAAAAACUCAUCAAACUUGGUGCGGAUAAAGUGUUUACUGAAAGUGAGUUGAAUGUACAACGUAUCAAAACACUUCUGGGGGAUACACCUCAACCUAUUUUGGGUUUGAAUUGUGUUGGUGGUAAUUCUGCUACUUUGGUGGUCAAAUUUUUGAAGCAAGGUGGUACUAUGGUUACAUAUGGAGGGAUGUCCAAAGAACCUGUUACUAUAUCAACUUCAAAUUUCAUAUUCAAGGAUAUUACAUUAAAAGGAUUUUGGUUGCAAGAGUGGAAAUUAGAAAAAACAAAAUAUAGGGAUUGGAUCGAUUAUCUCUUGGGCCUUGUUCGUGAUGGGAAAUUAAAAUAUGAAUUUGACUCAGUACAUUUUGAAGAAUUUCAUACUGCUCUUGAGAAGGCAAUGGGGAGGCAUGGAAGUCAAAGGAAACAAAUUCUUAUAUUCUAAAAUAAUAAUAAUAAUAAUAAAGUCAAGGGCAAUGCCGUAAUUUCAUUGGUCAUUAUGUUGAUCAAUAAUUAGUAA